AUGGCUAGCCAGAACUACAUCCGCGAGCGCUCGUGCUACCCCAACAGGCUCUGUAAAGAAGCUGCGGGCGCAACGUUGCGCAUUAUGGACAGCACAUACUUCUUCACACCCAAUCCGAGCUUCGAGAACACGACGUUCACGCAAGUCAAGGUCAUCGAUAUUGCGUGGUAUUUGAUUGUGGGGGGAGGACAGAUGGGGCUGGCGUGGCUGACCUCUCCUGUAGUCGUCGGCGACCACUCCAAUGCCAACAAUACCUACACCCAGAGCUCCCGCAUGGCUGAUGACACCCAGCUGGGCCACCUGUAUGGCCGAAAUGGCCCUGACUUUCAGGUUCAUCAUAUCGAUUGGAACACCGACUGUGAGUUCGAGGGAAUCACUUAUACACUAAGAUCUGGCGUAAAGCUUUCCACGCACUUGUCAACCGGUAAAUUCCUUCGCGACCCCACUGCACAAGACCAGCAGUACUACAACAUGUCCGGUUGA